AUGGAGUGGAAAGUGACGGCUGUCGUCGUCUUCGCUUGCCUCGCUUGCGUGGCUUCGAAGGAGCCGGCAAGGAGGAACUUAGGACCCUUGGGACCUGUGAUCGGAGUGGAUCUUGGGACGACUUAUUCUUGCGUCGGCAUCUACAAGCAGGGACGAGUCGAGAUACUUCCGAACGACCAGGGAAAUCGCAUCACGCCCUCAUAUGUGGCGUUUACUGAUGAAGAGCGGCUCAUAGGCGAGGCCGGAAAGAACCAGGCCGCUGUGAAUCCCACACAAACCUUGUUUGACGUGAAACGUUUGAUGGGGAGGCGCUUCAAGGACUCUACCGUGCAGGAGGACAUGAAGCUGCUACCAUUCAAGAUACUGGAGCAGGGCGGGAAGCCGAUGAUCAGCGUGAGGGUAAAGGGUGCGGAGAAGAUCAUGCCUCCGGAGGAGGUGUCGUCCAUGGUCCUGGCAAAGAUGAAGGAGACAGCUGAAAACUAUUUGGGCCAGGAGGUUCAGUAUGCGGUAGUGACUGUACCUGCAUACUUCAAUGAUGCGCAACGCCAGGCUACCAAAGAUGCUGGUUCAAUCGCCGGACUUCAGGUGUUGCGGAUCGUGAACGAACCAACGGCCGCUGCGAUAGCCUAUGGCCUGGGCAACAGCAGUGAUGAGAAGAACAUCCUGGUCUACGAUCUCGGGGGUGGAACGUUUGACGUGUCUCUCCUGAACAUUGCAAACGGUGUCUUCGAAGUGAUCGCAACUAGUGGCGACACUCACCUCGGUGGAGAGGACUUCGACCAGCGCGUCAUGCAGCACUUCAUGAAGGUCUUCCAGCAAAAGCACGGAAAGGACAUGUCCCAGGAUAAGCGUGCCAUUCAGAAACUUCGUCGGGAGGUGGAGAAGAGCAAGCGCCAGCUGACUUCCACUCACCAGUCGCAGCUGGAGAUUGAAGCGCUUUUCGAAGGCGUGGACUUCUCAGAGACCUUGACCCGCGCGAAGUUCGAGGGGCUGAACCUGGACCUCUUCAAAAAGACCCUGGGGCCCGUCAAGAAGGUGCUGGAGGACUCAAGCCUCAAGAAGAGUCAGGUGGAUGAGAUCGUCCUGGUCGGAGGCUCCACGCGAAUCCCCAAGGUGCAGGAACUCAUCAGGGACUUUUUUGGGAAGGAGCCGAGUCGCGGCAUCAACCCGGAUGAAGCAGUGGCGUAUGGCGCAGCAGUGCAAGCCGGAAUCCUGAGUGGAGAGACCCGAGAAAAUGUGGUCUUGCUGGACGUGGCUCCUCUCACCUUGGGCAUCGAGACCAUGGGUGGUGUGAUGACGAAGCUUAUCGAUCGCAACACCUUAAUCCCAACGCGCAAAACCCAAGUCUUCUCGACCUCCCGGGACAACCAGCCAGCAGUGGAGAUCCAGGUAUUCGAAGGCGAACGUGCCAUGACCAAGGACAACCGCCUUCUUGGCAAGUUCGAGCUUCGUGUCCCCCCAGCACCGCGGGGACAGCCUCAGAUCGAGGUGACCUUCGAGAUCGACAGCGAUGGCAUCCUCAGCGUCGCCGCCGAGGAUAAGGGCACCGGCCGCAGCGAGCAGAUCACGAUCCAGAACCAGAACCGACCGACGGAGGAAGAGAUCCAGAAGAUGGUCAAGGACGCCAAGACCUUCGAGUACGAGGACCACUCUCCCAUAGAUGUAGUAACUCAGCGGAGUGUCAGAGUGUCGCAGAGUGGCGCAGAGUGCUACCGGGACCGUUUUUUUCCUGACCGGCAGACGAGGGAGCGCGUCGACGCGAGGAUCGCCUUGGAAGGCUACCUCCAUGGACUCCAGGGCAUGGGGCAUGGCCCGCAUGGCGUCAGUGAGCGGAUGAGCUCAGAGGAGAAGCAGAGCAUCGUCGAUGCCGUGAGGGAUGGCCGAGAUUGGUUGGAUGCCAACCCAGCAGCAGAUACGGAGGAGAUAGAGAUGAAGCAGAAGGAGAUCGAAGGUCUUUGCGCUCCCAUCGUCUCCAGAUACUUUGGUACGGGCACUUCAGGUAGCCCAGGUGAAGAGGACGAAGCCCCGGACGAGCUGUAG